AAUGCUGAUUACAAUGUAAUGUAUUUGUAAUUGCUGCACGAUUCACGUUUGACUGCAGUGAUAUUCUGACGACAGCUUGUUCUUUUCAUCAUUACAACUCCAAGAUACCAUUAAAUCGUCUUCCCUCCUAGACGACGUAAGGUAUGAGACCAGCAAAUUUUAAACUUCUGAGUACCAAUGUCAAUCGAUCAGAUAGAUCGUAGAUGGAGACCUUCCACUGAAGUUUUGCUUGAUGACUCGGUGCGUUCAUCAUCAUUGAAAGAGUUGAUACGUUCUAGGUGUGGCGGAAUCCAGACGUUAAGCAAUACACUAAUAGGUUACUUACUGUGUGAAAUGCGAAGUAAUUCAUAUACUGGUGAGUGUACAGUGCUGCACGGGCGAUAAAACGACAACGUCCUUGACGCAUAUAGCUUUUCAGCCAAUUAAUUCGACACUAAUCGAAUGUCCAAGUCUUCUUUUCAAUCCACAAACAUGUCGUGAAGGACGUUACGUGGACCAAACACUGUCGACAAAUUUGCGGGAGGAAGGGAAGCCAGUAAUUCUAGAUAAUCAUUUUACCGCUGAAAUUUCUACAUGGACACGGCCGGUUCUCAACAUGUUACUGACUUGUCUUGUCAUGACCAUUAACGACUAUUGUUCAAAAUCUCGCUGCUACUGU